GACACGGCGGCCCAAUGAACGCGCUCAAACACGUACCUGAACGAGACGAAAGGGGGACGGAGAGGCAAGGCGGGAAAAAAAAUGAGGAGAAAUCGCACGCAAGAUGACAGGAGGAGAGGAGCGAGAGAGGUUAAGAAGUGGCAGAUGAGCAGAGAGGAGAGGUGUGAAGGAGGAAAGAAAGAAGUGGAGGAGGGAGUUUAAGUUCAGCCAGGUAAUUGAGGAGGAGGAGGAGGAGAUGAAAAGAAGAAGGUGUUGGCAGGUGGAAUCAGAGACAGAUGAGGAGAGGAAGGAAGUGGAGGACGAAGGAGAGCAAGUAAGAGACCAGUCCCACAGCGCCCCCUUCAGCUCUGAGAAUGAGGCUCAGGGAGGCGACUCAGCUGCAUGGCAGUGCACCCCUCCCCCAUCUACCUCACCUGCGGGGGAGACGCCGGCCCACCCUCCUCCCUCCCAACCUGCGUCCAGACCCCGUUCCAGGCCGGCCAGUCAGAGCCCUUCCCCUCCCUCCGCCCUGACGGGAACCAAGAAGAGGGGCUCCAAACCGGCACACAUGAGACGCAACAUCAGGAAGCUGCUGAGGGAGCAUCAGUUGGAGGCAGUGACCAAAGCCGCCCAGCAGGACGAGUUGGAGAGGAGGCGACGUCUGGAGCAGCAGAGAAAACAGGAUUUCCCCGUCCCACUGCUGCCUGAAUACACAACUGGCGACGUGACAAAGCAAGCGUCGGCAGCAGCGGCGACACAGCAGGAAGUGAAGUCGGCCAGACAGGACGUGAUCUGCCUGGACACCAGCAGCACCGGCGUCAGCGAGGACGACAGCAAGGCCAACGUAGCCACCUCUGCCACCACAGAGCACAAAGCAGAUGUGAUCGAUCUCAGCUCGGGCGAGGACGACGCCAUCGUCCACAUCAGCAGCGAGUCCACCAACGAGGAAGAAGAGAGCGAGUCAAGUGGCGUGCACGCCAACGACGCCCUUAACCAGCUGGAUGCCGAGGGCAGGGUGCUGGUCAACUUGAACCAUCCAGCCACAGAUAAGGACAUUUUCCUGUUGCCUCAGCUGGCGCGAGCGGUCAAACCCCACCAGAUCGGUGGAAUCCGCUUCCUGUACGACAACCUGGUGGAGUCGGUGGAGCGGUUCGGCAGCAGCAGCGGAUUUGGCUGUAUCCUCGCUCACAGCAUGGGCCUGGGCAAAACGCUGCAGGUCAUCUCCUUCAUCGACGUCCUGUUCCGACACACCCAGGCUCACACCGUGCUCGCCAUCGUACCUGUGAACACGUUGCAGAACUGGCUGUCUGAGUUCAACAUGUGGGUCCCGCCCCCGGAGGCGUUGCCUCCAGAUACCGACCGGGAACUGGUGACACCUCGUACCUUUAAGGUUCACAUCCUCAACGACGAACACAAGAACACCGCGACCAGGGCCAAGGUGGUGGAGGGCUGGGAGCGGGAGGGAGGGGUGCUGCUGAUGGGCUACGAGAUGUACCGCCUCCUGUCGCUGAAGAAGAGCUUUGUGGCUGGGAGGAAGAAGAAGAGCAAGAAAACGACGGGACCUGUAGUCAUCGACCUGGAUGAAGAGGACCGGCAGCAGGAACUGCUCAAAGGUAUCGAGAGAGCCUUGGCCCGGCCUGGUCCAGACGUGGUGAUCUGCGACGAAGGCCAUCGCAUCAAGAACUGCCACGCCAGCACGUCUCAGGCUCUGAAGAACAUCCGAACCCGACGCCGCGUGGUCCUGACCGGCUAUCCACUCCAGAACAACCUGAUCGAGUACUGGUGCAUGGUCGACUUCGUCAGACCCGACUUCCUAGGUACGCGGCAGGAAUUCAGUAACAUGUUUGAGCGUCCCAUUCUGAACGGGCAGUGUGUGGACAGCACGCCUCAGGACGUCCAGCUGAUGAGGUACAGGAGCCACGUCCUGCACAGCCUGUUGGAGGGCUUUGUACAGAGACGAGGUCAUGACGUCCUGAGAGACCAGCUGCCCUCUAAAGAGGAACAUGUGAUCCUGGUGCGCCUGUCUCCCCUGCAGAGGGCGCUCUACACAGAGUUCAUGAGCCGCUUCAGAGAGGCAGGAAACACAGGCUGGCUCAGCCUCAACCCGCUGAAGGCUUUCUGCGUCUGCUGCAAGAUCUGGAACCACCCCGACGUGCUGUACGAGGCCUUACAGAAGGAAAACAUGGCGAGCGACCAGGACUUGGACCUCGAUGACAUCACUUCCACAGGUCCCGCCCGAUGUCCAACCGCGCCCAAUCAAAAGUCCAAACCCCUGGAGAAUCCUAACCCCAUUGGUGGACUGAGUCUCAACCAGCUGCAGGAGAAAGCCAAUCAGGUCAUCACUUACGAAUGGGCAAAGGACAUCAUGUGUGACUACAAGCCCGGCAUCCUGGAGAACUCUGCAAAAAUGGUCCUGCUGUUCCACCUGAUAGAGGAGAGCGUCAGGAAGGGGGACAAACUGCUUGUCUUCAGUCAGAGUUUGUCCACGCUGACAGUGAUUGAGGAUUUUCUGGCUAAGAGACCAGUACCUCCUUCCCCAAACACAUCCAACAGAGACAGACCCAACCAGAACUGGGUCCGCAACCUCAACUACUACAGACUGGAUGGAAGUACAACGGCCUCAGAGAGAGAGAGACUGAUAAAUCAGUUCAACGAUCCAUCCAACACCUCAGCAUGGGUCUUCCUGCUCUCAACCAGGGCUGGCUGUCUGGGCGUAAAUCUGAUCGGGGCGAACCGGGUGGUGGUUUUCGACGCCUCCUGGAACCCAUGCCAUGACGCCCAGGCCGUGUGCCGGGUCUACCGCUACGGUCAGAGGAAGCCGUGUCAUAUCUACCGGCUGGUGUGCGACUUCACGCUGGAGAAGAAGAUCUAUGACCGCCAGAUCUCCAAACAGGGCAUGUCAGACCGGGUGGUGGAUGACCUGAACCCUGUGCUGACCUUCACCAGGAGGGAAGUGGAGUCCCUCCUUCACUUCGUGGAGGAGGAGCCGGACCCCUCCCAGGUCCAGCUGCAGCCCAAGGACAGCAUGGAGAGCGUCCUCAGGAAGGCGCUGCACUUCUACCCUCACCUGAUUACAAAGCAACCAUUCCCCCACGAGUCCCUGCUGAUAGACCGCAGGGAGCUGAAGCUGAGCAGCGCGGAGAAGAAAGCAGCGAAGAAGGGUUACGAGGAGGAGAAGAGGGCCUCUGUGCCGUACACCCGCCCUUCCUACGCUCACUACUACCCCGCCAGUGACCAGAGCCUCACCAACAUCCCCGCCUUCAGCCAGAGAAACUGGCGCCCACCUCCUCGGACUGAAGAGAAGCCAGUGGCCAGCAUUCGGCCUGUCCAGUCAACUCCAGUUCCCAUGAUGCCCCGCCAGGCGUCUGCAGGCUCUGCCCCAAGCGACAGUUCAUCUGGAUCCAGCCUCGGAGGGUUCCCCGUCAACUGCCUGCAAAAAGCCGGGGUGUUCGUGCAGAGGAUCGUCACCACGACUGACAUCGUGAUCCCGGGAACUAACAGCUCAACAGAUGUCCAGGCCAGGAUCACCGCAGGAGAGAGCAUCCACGUAAUCAGGGGCACCAAAGGGACUUACAUCAGGACGUCUGACGGUCGAAUCUUUGCCAUCAGAGCAGCUAAUAAGGCCAAAACUGCAGAGGAGAGUACUACAGCGCCACCCAAAGACUCCCAGGCCCCACCAGAGGAAGUGUCAAUCAAUGGCAGCAACGGUUGCCUGUCACCUGACAGGAAGCAGCAGGUGCCCUCCAAGACUGUGCCCCGCCCUCUUUCACCUGACAGCCCGGAGAUCAUCAGCGAGUUGCAGCGCUACACGAGUGGCACCGGAGCCGGCGCCACAGGAGCUCAACCAGAGAGGGCAGCAGAGAGCGACAUGAGCGACCUGCCCUCCGCCAAACCGGUUCAGACCAAUGGCAGCAGCGGAAAUAUGAGCCACCAUGAUGCCUCUGUGACUAAUGUAAUCCAACCCAGCAUGGACGCCACUGCCGCCCAAGACCUGAGAACAGGCUUCAAGCGCAAAGCCUCGACCCCCUCCCUGGAUGAGCGGCCCGGUAAGCAGCGCUCUGCAGGCAAACACUCAGCAGCCCCUCUGGCCUCACAAGGUUUCCCCUUCAGUGGGGGCUACGGCCUCCCCCCUCUGGGCCUCAACCCCGCUAUGUUGGGUGGGUCACUGGGGCACUCGCUCUUCAUGGGGGCAGGCUCGCCUUACUUCCAGCCCCCCCACGCUCAGCUGGGAGACCCCGGUUACAUGUACCCAGAUCUGUUCGGCUUCGCCGGAGCCAGCGCGGUCCCCACCUCCUCCUCCUCAACCACAACCACGGCGACCGCCGUCUCAUCUUCCUCAUCAUCGUCAUCUUCUGCACCCGUCAAGGCUGCCAGCUCGGUUCCAGGAGCCCUGCCGCCAUUCAUGCUGAGCCCCAGCAUGGCGGGCAUGGCUGGGAUUCUCCCUCCGGGCUUCCCUCUCUCCUACAGUCAGUCCCUGGCUAGCCUCUACACAGGGUCGAUGCUCCCGGGCGGGCUGCCGGGUCCAGCUGCCAUUCCCGGUCCAGGCGGAGCCAGCUUCCUCUCCCAGUACCCUCCCACCGCUGCCUCCAGUUCCUCCUCAUCUUCUCCUUCCUCCUUCUCCCCCUCAGCACGGUCUGAGGGCCAUCGGGGCCCGGUGCUGGUGAACGGCGGGAAUUUCAGCGGCGCCAGCAGCUCAGAUGAUGAUGAUGAUGAUGAUGAUGAUGAUGUCAUUGAGGUGAAGGGACAGUGACACGUGAAUGAUGUGGUUGUUUGAGCAAGCCCGAUUCAAUUUAAUGAUCAUCAAAAUAGGAUGACAUCCUGUUAGCCAGGAUGCAGGCUUCAAAGGGCCUGCGGCCAAGGCCACGAGGGAAACGGACAAAAAAUGAAAGACGACUGAAGCGAUGACAACUGAGCCCCCGCUGAAGUGUUUCCUCUGUUGGCCUCUGCUGCCGUGGAGAAACAGUCCGAGUGGGGAUUGAACGCAGACUGGACACAGAGCGCAAAUGUUUCUGCUGAAUAUCAGAAGAUAAAACCCGAGAAGAAAAGAGAGCCAGAGGGAAGAGGAAAAUAAAAAUCAGAGGACUUUGGGCUUCCAGGUUUUUGUCCCAUACUGGCAUUGAAACUAAUCACUGGACUUAGUACUGCUGAGUGUGGGCCUGCUGUGACCACGAAUGGCCACUAGCCGUGCUGUUGACUUUAGACACUCUAGUUCUGCAGCUUUGCUAAAUGUCGAGACUCUUUUGCUUUUUUUCGGCUAAUUAAAAAGACGACCGUAGGGUGGAGUUACUUUAAAAAAAAAAGGUUUGAUUGGUAGGAACGUUUGUUAAAUAUCAGUAACUGAAAUGCUAUUGUUUGUCACUUGUGGAAUAUUGCUACUGAAUUCUUCUCAAAGUGGUAAAAAAGAUCAAACAGCGUUUAGAAAGCAUUUUGAUUUCACUCAAUAAUUCACUGCCAGGACAGGGGGUAUUGUACACUUUUGUUCUUGAAGAAAAAAAAAUGGGAUCAUCUUGAAUUAUAGAAGAAGAGGCUUUUUGAGGAUGAGGUUAAAGACAAUUACUGAAACCUUAAAACUCCAAUGAAAGAAUGUACGCUUAAUCAAAUGCCUUUAAACCAGGCCUUUUUCAAAAGACUCCUUCUGUUUAGGCAUCAGACGUGGGAAGAUCUGAUUUCUCUUCUUUUUUUUUCUGUGCGUGUUUUAUAUUUAUGUAACCUCUUUUACUUUUUCAAGAAAAUCAUUGCCUAAAAGCAGCCAGGUGAAAAAGAGAAACAAAACUGUGUGUCCUCCUUGUAGCGGAGAAACAACCAACAGAAAAUGCCUUUUUGCCUCCGUCUUUCUGAAUGUUAACUGUGAGAGAGGAGAGGUAAAGAGAGACGGGCGGUCACUGCGGCUCUCUGACUCUCACCCACAGUCUUACUGUAGCCUAGCGAAAAACGAUGCAAAACACUCACUCAAGCCUAUAUAUGUAUUCGUACAACCCCAGAGGAAUGAAGCUCGCAGCCCCGAGUUUUGGUGACGCUUGUGUCGUUGGCGUGUUCGUAUCUGUGUGUUGUGUUCUCAAGGGUUACAAAAGGAAUCGUUAAGAUAAACAGAAACUUGUGCUACUCGGUUUUGGUAACUCGUCCUGACGAUGACAUGGAUUCCACCUCUGCUCUGCUGCGUUUCUUUUUCUUAUCUUGUGAACAGAGGUCAUUGUAUCACCAAACUGAUUUUUUUUUAUUUUUUGGGGGGGGAAAUUUGGUGUAGCUUUGCCAAAAAAAAAAAAAAAAAAUGCACAAGCACAUCAGAGGUCAGGUCUUAGGAGACCAAAUAAUGUUGGUAGAGCAGAAUCCGCCGCAGCAGCAUGCUCUCUCUGCAGCAUCCUCACCGCCACAGUCCAGAGUACAUAUCCAGCUCCGUGUACGACCCUGCAGGGAACUCUGUACACUGUACUGCACUGUAAAAGAGACACGAAUCUGUAUCCGUCUGUGGGCCGGUUCAAAGCUCCAUCAUGUGACCAAGCUCCCUUUAGAUAAACCAUCAUUCUGCUGUUCCGGUCGAUCCCCUCUGAUCACACGAACUGAUCUGCCACGGUCGGCGCUGUCCUUCUGUGGAAAAUCUUCUCCUCCUAAAUGGCUGCAGCAAGAGCUUUAAAGACCGGCGGCUCUUUAGUGGAAACGUCAUCACAGUAAAGACUGAGCACUUCCUGCUCUCUCUCUUUCCUGUAUUUGUUCCUCAUACUGAAAUUGUUAGUUUACUUAUGUUUCAUGUUUGUUCUCCUCUUUUUACAAUGUUUGAAUUUACCAAAUUAAUUUAUUUAUGACGGUGCAUAUUUAUUCAUUUGUAUUUUUAUUUUUGUACAAUGUUUUGGGGUUUUUUUGUUGCUUUUCUUUCUCUCGUUUGUACAUUUUUCAUGGUCAUUUUGCUAUUGUUGUUACCACGGAUGAAAAAACAGUGACAGUCUGCCAGUCUGACCCAGUGCAUGUGAACUUGUGCAGAACUUGCAUGUGGACCAACCAAUUAGUGCGUUACUGUGCACAUUAAUAGCCAGCACAGCAGCUUUAAGAAGGAUCGAUACAUCAUAUCCCGCUGACGAUAACUCUGAUCAGCUCUCGAUUAUGAGACACCCAGGAAAGGGCAUCAGGGAUGCAGUGAUAUUCACCAUGACACUGAGCUGUGUUCAGACCUUGUUCUUAUCUCUGUGAGCUCCUUCAUCAGAAUAUCCUGCCUGUUCACAGCUUUGUUAACAGCUGGGAUACAAAUCUAAGCAUUUCAUCCGAAUAUGAGCCAUUUGUAUGGAUGUCAAUGAAGCGAAUUCACAAGCAAUGGGUCGGAACCUGAGGCAGUCCAACCACACAUCAGCUGAAAAGAAAGAAAGUAAUGAUAUAAGUGUUUCUCUUUCCUUUUUCUUUUUGAUUUCUCAUUACCAUAUCAUCAGAAGUGUCCAUCUGUCUCAUCCCCAUGACGGCAAACGAGCUUGUUUCCUCAGCGUCGAGCUGUUCGGUCGUCAGCUCGCCGUUCGCUGCGCUGACUGACUGCUCUUUUUAUUUCACAGCUUUCUACUUGAAUUUACAUAUUUAUUUAUACAAAUCGUUUCGGUCGGACGAGCCGAGCCGAUUGUCUCAAUUCCAUUUUGGCUGAGGAGAAGAUUAAAGCUGCUGUGUUUGAGGAUUGGCUCUAGUCAAAGCCUGUUGUGUAGUUUAUCGAUGAUAAUGUGUAUGACCUUGGAUUACUUUUAGAUCCUUUGGGGUUUUUUUUUGUUUUUUUUGAAGUUUGUAAAUAAAAAUAUUCUAAAUAAUACAUUUCCUAAUUUCUUUACAUCUUUAGUAGUAGCAGAUGUAGUGCUUGCCUCCCCUUUGUCUCCCCCUCACACACACAAGCACACACAGGCAACUGAGCACAUGUAAAGCUGAGAAGAAUUACUCUUCCAAGAAAAUGAACCACAUUUACAGUCUUACAGUCAAAUGACGAGAAUAUAAUUUGCUCUCAACCACAACCGUAUAAAACAUAAUCAUGUAUUCAUGCAAUUUUUAACACUGUCCAUCACUCUCCAGUAUAUUGUAUUUGUCUCGAAGUAAUAAAACGUUGCAUGCCUAUUGUCAGUUCACACAGGUGUAAUCUAAACUAAGGCUCAGACUUAGCAGACAGCUGACUCACUUUGGGUUCAAUCCUGGAGAGAAAAUGUCCCCAAAAGCCCUAAAACACAGGAAACUGUUUGUACUGUUAGUCUGAUGUACCUCACAGCUCGUGGGCCAUUUUAGUACUUGGUGGUGUGUUUUUCUCUUUCCUUCGAAUAAAUAUUCAGACAGAAUAAAACACUCUGGAAUCAGCUCCACGCAGUAUUUCUCUGUUCAGUGAUUUUUAAGAACACACAGCAGAUAUUAUCAACAGUACAUGUGGGUGUUUCACAUGAAAAUCUAAUAGUGCAUAGUUUUAAUGAUGUUUUACAUUUUCAUCCCUUGAAAAAGGGAUGAAGGGCACUAAAUGAGCUAAAAUCACUUUCUGAGCGUCAUGAUGGCUGCUCCCAAACUGUCACACAUGUGGGCACUUUUAAAAGUUGCUUGCAAAACUUGCUUGACAGACAUUGCAGACAUGACAGAACUUUAUGUUAUUCAGAUGAGAUUUCCAGCGAGAAUCGGGCCAGCUAAAAAUAGCUGAGCUCAGUUUAGCUGCCUGCUGUUGAUCAAUUUGCGCUCAUAAAGAUGUCAGUGUACUCUGUUAUUGCUUUUGGCGGCAAAUUUGAUUAUCACGUUCAUGCAAUGUGGUCGUAAAAUCCGUGCAAUGUAACACUGAUAGUGACGUCUAGGUUUGGUUUGUACUGGCCUGCGUUCCACAUCCUACUUUAAUGAAUGGUCACUCACAAAGUGGAACAUCCGUGUGUGUGACGCCUCAGUGUAUAUUAACAGAUGAUUUGGAGUCGUGUUCAAAUCUACAAAUUCACCAGCCUUCAUCCGGCAGGUUACUUGAGUUCUUGGCUUGUUGGUGCUGUCGUAUAGAGUUAAUAUGACCCACCUAAAGAGGAUAAAAUGGAUAAAUAUAAUGGCCCUCCUUUUCUAGUGAAAGGUGUAAAAUGCGAUCUGAAUCUUGUUUCAUCUGAUUGAUGUCCAGCACAGAGAGGGCAAUGGCUUUGCAGAGAAAAAUGACUGAAUUAAGCCAGCUCACUAUCAAACUUGCACGGUUACUAAACUGCAGAGACUCCCUUUUUUUGGUUUUGCGUGUACACCUGCGCUUUCAUUAGAUGUCAUUUGAUCUAUAACCAUUACAUACCAAUGUAACAGCAAACUUGAGACCCACUUUAGAGCUCAGAUUUUACAACUAAACUGUGCCUCCAAAUCAAAUGUAUAAGUCAGAGGACUUAAAGUUAUCAGACAGAGCCAGAUAUAAAUCAGUGGUCGGCUGGUGCCAAUAUCUCAGUCUGAGCAGAACAGCAGCAGUUACAGGCCAUGUAACUAAUUUGCAUGGGUCUCAUAGUUUACAGUCUACUGUUGUAUGUGAGUGCUUAAUUUUGGGAAACUACACAGCAUGUACCCUGAAGCACAAUGAAUCUCAUCAUGUGUCUCUUUGAUUCUUUUUUCCAUUUGAUAUCAGUGAUGGCCGUGAUCUUUAUCUUUCUGUAAACACCAAGUGAAGGUUGCUGUUUAGUCUGUGUCCUUGUUCCAUUUCCCUCUUACAACCUGUUUGUAUGUGGUUUGUCCUUUUUUGUAAAUGUGAUGUGAGGUCUGAUUGUUUAGAAUAAAAUGAAUGCAUCUGU